GAAAUAUUCAGUUGCAGUCUCCCCACACCAUUCAGUCUACCAAUAAACAGCCUCUGACAGUGCGAUUGGCAGCAGCAGCAGGACUAACAGCUUGUCAGACACUAUAGUUUGGACGGAGAGGAGUGAUGCUGCCGUGUUCUCGGUUCCGCAGGCUUUAUUCCCGGAAAGGAGAGUUGUCACGCCGGUGUGCUUUUAGGUUCUGAAGAUCACAGAGGAGCAUCCACCUAGACACGCUGUGCUCGAAUUUCACUGACUCUGAUUUCUGCCAUCCACAGAGGGAAAUGAUGGGGCUUCCAGUCGAUUCCAGCCAUCUCCCCGUGCUUUGAUUUGACCAUGUUUCCCCCUCCUAUUUAUUUACCGACCAAACGGCAUUUCCGCGCUGGCAGCUGCAGGCUUUGCUUGCAUGUGUCCGUCCUGCAUCCUCAUUGACAUUUCCUGUGCAACAGCAGCAGUGAGAUGUAGAUUUAUUCCCCCUGUUCCCAUGCAGAGGAGCAGGUCAGGAAUGCCUCCUCAGUGCUGACACCGUCAGCUUUCUUCGAAGCCGCCAGGAUCUCUCCGUGGAUCGACAUGGAUAGUGGGAGCCGGGCAGCCACGGUGGGGGACGGUGCUGUCAAUUUCACGGCGGCUCACCUCUGGCUGGAUCUCCUGAACGCCUCCAGUCGCUGGGACAGCGGUCCGGCCGCAGAGGGCUCCGGGCUGGACGAACAGCAGCGCCUCCUGCGAGAACAAGCGUACCGGGACUUCAGCACCACCAUCCAGGUGUUCAUCCUCAUAGGUUCGCUGCUCGGUAAUGCCACGGUGCUGUGGUGCACCUGCUGCACGAAUGUCUUUAAAUCUGUGACCAGUCGCUUCAUCAAGAACCUGGCAUGUUCGGGCAUCUGUGCCGGCCUGGUGUGCAUUCCAUUCGACGUGGCACUUGGAAUCAGCCCUCGCUGCUGGUGGCUUCACACCCUGCUGCUCUGCAAGGCCCUCAAGUUCCUCCAUAAACUGUUUUGCUCCGUCACUGUGCUCAGCUUCAGUGCCAUCGCACUAGACAGAUACUACUCAGUGCUGUAUCCAUUAGAGAGGAAGAUCUCAGAUGCAAGAUCUCGAGAUCUGGUCAUCUAUAUCUGGGUCCAUGCAGCUGUGGCCAGCCUACCUGUGUUUGCAGUGACCAACGUGACAGAUGUGUAUGUCACCUCCUCCUGCUCAGACGACCACGCCCGCUCCCUGGGCCACAUGGUGUAUGUGUUGAUCUACAACGUUACCACGGUGAUCCUCCCUCUGGCUCUGGUCUUCCUCUUCAUGCUUCUGAUCCGCAGAGCACUCAGUGCCAGCCAGAAGAAGAAGGUGAUCAUUGCAGCUUUGCGGACGCCUCAGAACAGCAUCUCCAUUCCGUAUGUGUCCCAGAGAGAAGCCGAGCUACAUGCCACUCUGCUAGCUGUGGUGCUGGCUUUCUCUGCAUGCAGCGCCCCCUAUGGGGCUUUGGUGGUUUAUCGAAGCGUUUUGGCUGACACCAAAGAGCUGCCCACCUCAUUGUAUCUCACAGCUCUCUGGCUCCCUAAGGUGUCCCUGCUCACCAACCCACUCUUGUUUCUGACUGUCAACCGCUCAGCACGCCAUAGCUGGCUGGACCUGCUGGCCAGGAUUCACAGACGUUACAGCCGUCGUAAUGUGGUCAGCACCGGGGGUCUGGCAUCUCUGGGGGCUGAGGGGGUGAUUGGGGAGCCAGUGGGACUGGAAACAGCGGGUCGCUCUGGGAGCCAGCUUCUAGAGAUGUUUAACAUUGGCCAACAGCAGAUUUUCAGACCCUCUGAGGAAGAAGAAGAAGAGGAAGAAGAUGUGGAGAAUGAAAUCCCCUCUCAAGGAUCAGGAGGCUGCUCAGAUCCCAAAGAGGAGCAGAGGCAUGGGUCAAGACUAGGGAGCCUCAGAGGUGAAGUGAUCACCAAAAAGGAGCCUCUACAGGGCAUCCAGGGGACAGGAGGAGGGCUGGUCAUCACCAAGGAAGCCCCUCCUUCAAUCAUAGCGCCCAGGGCCUCUCCAGUCCACACAUGUGCUUAUGCCUCUUCAUCGCAGGUGGCACCUGCUACACCUACAGAAGCAGAGGACUCCACCCAGUUUGGUUUUGGACCAUUUGAGCUGCCCCCCCAAUGGUUACCUGAGACCAGGAACAGCAAGAAGAGGCUGCUGCCUCCCCUGGGUAACACACCUGAGGAGCUGAUCCAGACCAAAUUGCCGAGGCCACGGCCUGAACGUCGGAUUAGCAGGAACAACAAGGUUAGCACCAUUCCCACUGUGGACCCAUGAGCUUUGUUGCUGGCCUCUGAUGUGCAGCAGCAGACACAGCUCAUUACAGGGUUGACCUCUUCCAUCAGGCCUGGGAAAGGAAGGAGAUUGAUGUCUGUGUGGUUUCUUUAGGUCAAUUUAAACCUUUUCAUGUUUUUCUGAUUUGCAGUUGUAGCCAUCAUCAAAGUUCAGGUUUUCCACUUUACUGCAUAAAGGCCCAUUGCAUGAGGCACUGCAGUUUUCAUAUUGGGCAAAUUUGAUAUAACAUAUUUAUAAUGUUGUGAUAACUAUUUCAGUUCAAUCUAACUUCACUAGAAGCUUGACUGAUUCAGUUUCAUAAUUAACAACUUCUGCAACUGCUAUGUGAUUGAUAAUGCAGAUACCUUUUUGAAUCUGUUAUCUUUAAAUAUAGCUAGCAAAUGAAUGCCCUGUACAAACCCAAUUAUCCUGAGGGAUGCACUGAUACUGGAUUAUAUCUGCAGCAAAUAAUCAAACAAGGAUAGUGAAUGUCCUAACAAAACAUUUUGUAGAUUGGUUGUGCUGUGAUUGCACUCUGUAGAUCAACACAACUCAGUGUCAGUCCUUUCAGUUUAGCCUUUGUGGGACUAUUUUUUGUAACCAUGUUUAACAAGUCUUACUAAAAUGUUUGGGAUUAAAGCACCAUUUGCUGCCCUUUGUUCCUCAAGUUUGUCUUUUGGAUUAUUUCUUCUAAUGUGAUAGCUAUUGUUGUUGUUAUUUGUACUUUAAAUUAAUUUCUUUUGAUGAAAAUGCAGAUGUACAGUAUACAAAUACAUGUUAAAAAUGUAAAAUGAUCUGAAUUUACCUGUGUUUUAGUGUGUUUUUUGGUACCCAAAGUGUGUAAGACAGUUGGGGAAAAUGGAAGAUUAUUUGUUUGCUUGAUAAAAAAUAAUAAUAAUAAUAAUAAUAAUAAUAAUAAUAAUAAUAAUAAUAAUAAUAAUAAUAAUAAUAAUAAUAAUAAUUUAAAAAAUAGGCCUGGGAUCCUUUAAUCAUUGUUGAUCAUUUCUGUUGAUUUCUCCCAGGUUGCCUGAAAAUCAGUUGCUCAUUCAAAUGACGGUAAAAUUAAAACAAGUAAUAGGAGGGAUUAAAAAAAAAGCAUAUUGUAGAUUGUCAGAAGCUGAGAAAUGAUGUUUAAUUUGAAACUUAUCUGCCACUUCUGACUCUGUCUUAUUUGUGAUGCAUAAUUCACUAGUAACAGCUUUAGUCUGAACCUUUGGUUGAGGUAAACAAAGCUGGGCUGCACUUCAAAUAUUUGUCGAGCCGUAACUCCCUCUGGGGCUACCCACAAUCCCCUGCUAUGUCCACAAAGAACCUGAAUCUAUGCUGCAUCCUACCCAUGCUGCUAUCAGGCAUAAUUGUGCAGUCAUACCUGACUUGAAACAAUAUCCACUGCCAGCACUUAAAAGAAGAUGAGAUGAGUAAUAUGUUUAUUCUGAGAUGCUGUGUGGCAGUACUGAGUGCAUAAGAACAGUUGUUGCUGUCUGCUAUAUUAUCUGUGGUACAAAUAAAACACUGUAGAAAGCCCAAAAUAUUGGUAGUAAUUACAUAACAGGAAGGUCAUUGAUUUCUUCCACUACUGCUCGUGUUUUCCCCGAUUUGAUUCAAAGCAAACAUUCCUACCUUUUAAUCCUGCAAUCACUAUAGCUACAGAGAUAAAGCUUGUGCUGAGAGUCACCACCACAAGGUUCACAAGGACUUUAAAGAUCUUCUGACACUGAUGUACACAAAAGGUAUUAAAGAGAGAAUGAGCCUGUAAUUUAUGAAGUGAUUAACAGAUGCCGGUGUUGAAUAAAGUUGUCUUUAUCCUUAGAAUUAAUUCUUGAUAUUGGAAGUAACAUGUCAAUUUAACAGCUGCUCUGAAGCCUUUCAUCAUAUUGCACCUUUUAAAAGUCAAAAAUGAAUUGAAGCGAACAUGAAAAAGGAGUCCUUAAGGUAAACAGAAAUGUAGGCAAACUUCACAUCAUGAGGAUAAAAAUCUCUAGGAAAAUAUCUUUUCCUUAUUUCCAUGAUCCAAUUUUAUUGUUAGCCAGUGACACCGAUGGAAAUGUCCUGCAUAUGCCCUAUUUUUUGCCUCAUUGUAAAUAUCUGCUACUUCUUUUGGAAUUGAAAUACAUAAGGCCCCAUCAAGUGUAAUCUACUGUGCACAGUGAAACCUCAGUAUGUAUAGUUUAUUUCCAGUCUUGGCUGACUUUUCAGAGAAAGCAACAGCUUUUGUCACGUUCCAAGGGAUUUUCUUGUUGUGACUGAUGGAGUAGUGCUUGUCUAGAUGUAUUAAUAAAAGAUUAGUGGUUUAUUGCCUA